AGGUUGAGUGUUGGCUUCAUGAGUAAUGGCGGAUACUCCUAGAACUCCUAUAGUAGCCACAACUACAAAUUAUUCACCUAAUUUCUUCCAUCCCCAGAAAUAUAUCUUCGAUAACCAAGAUUGAAUAGAGUUAAGAUUCAAUCAAGAUUGAAUCUUUUCUUUUGCUGCUUAAUUUGGCGGGGACAACACAUACCUUUUGCUACUCAGUGUAUAAAAUGGCUGUGGCUAUGGCUUCUAGUUGCAGUAAAUUUGGGCUCUACGGCAAUUUGUGGGAAAUGGAGAAGCUAUCUAAUUCGAGGGCAUCUCCAUUUUUCUGCUCUUUCGGGUUGGAUCAACUUCAGUUGUCAUGCAUUAAUCCCAAGAAAAGCCUAUCGUCUUCCAUGACUACAUUUAUACCAAAAGCAUCACCAUCUACUGCUGUGGAGGGUGGAAGUUCUCAGGAGACGGAUGUAGUUCCUACCCCGAUUGUAAUAAUAGAUCAAGAUUCUGACGAAGAUGCUACUAUUGUUGAAAUCACCUUUGGGGAUCGUCUUGGAGCUCUCCUCGAUACAAUGAAUGCACUCACGAGUCUUGGAUUGAAUGUUGUCAAGGCUGAUGUAUACCUAGAUACUUCCGGAAAGCACAACAAGUUUGCUAUUACUAAAGCUUCGACUGGAAGAAAAGUUGAUGAUCCGGAGCUGCUUGAGGCAAUCCGUUUGACAAUUAUCAACAACCUGCUUGAGUAUCACCCGGAGUCGAGUGUUCAGUUGGCAAUGGGGGCUGCAUUUGGUAUCACCCCACCGGAAACUGUAUUGACUCUCUCUCUCUCUCUCAUGCAUGCAUGCAUCAUUAAGGAGGUCGAUCAGGAUAUUGCAACGCAUAUCCAUGUCUACGAUGAUGGUCCUGAGCAAAGCUUGCUCUGUGUAGAAACAGCUGAUCAUCCUGGAUUGCUGGUGGAUCUUGUAAAGACCAUCACUGAUAUAAAUAUCACUGUCAAAUCUGGAGAGUUCGAUACUGAGGGCUUGCUGGCCAAGGCGAAAUUUCAUGUAAGCAACAGUGGGAAAGCCCUUAUUAAGCCUCUUCAGCAGGUUCUUGCAAACAGUCUGCGAUAUUACUUGAGGAGACCGAGCACAAAGGAAGCGAGUUUUUGAUAGAUUGAAGAAAGAGAUGCAUAUGGUUUCUUGUAUACUUAUUGACUGUGGCUACCAUUGUAAACGCAAUUGGUUGUAACUUGUACUGGGAAAUCAAUUCACCAUCACCAUGGGAGGAGCUUUUAGACAUAUUCAAUCAUUCAUGCAAAUAAAAUUGUCAUUUGUAAA